CCUCCCCUUCAGUCUUGCACAGGUGUACCGGCUCCCCCCUUCUGUCUUGCACAGGUGUACCGGCUCCUCCCCUUCAGUCUUGCACAGGUGUACCGGCUCCUCCCCUCCAGUCUUGCACAGGUGUACCGGCUCCUCCCCUCCAGUCUUGUACAGGUGUACUGGCUCCUCCCCUUCAGUCUUGCACAGGUGUACCGGCUCCUCCCCUUCAGUCUUGCACAGGUGUACCGGCUCCUCCCCUUCAGUCUUGUACAGGUGUACUGGCUCCUCCCCUUUAGUCUUGUACAGGUGUACCGGCUCCUCCCCUUCAGUCUUGCACAGGUGUACCGGCUCCUCCCCUCCAGUCUUGCACAGGUGUACCGGCUCCUCCCCUCCAGUCUUGCACAGGUGUACUGGCUCCUCCCCUCCAGUCUUGCACAGGUGUACCGGCUCCUCCCCUUCAGUCUU